UUAUUACUUUAAAAUAAUGCCUGAGCGUUAGUGUUAAUCUAAUUACUUAAACUUUAACAUCAGGAGUCCCAGUAAUCUGAUAAAUGUUUAAAGAUGUUUUAAACUGUACCUACAGUGUAAGGGAAUAUUUGUGCAUAUGAUUUGUGCAAUGAUUCUCUUAAUCAUUUAACAAAUACAAUACUGACUGUUUAUGUUUUUGCCAUGAUUUUUGUGUUUCAAACUAGUAUUUUUUUUCAUUGUAUUGAUCAGAGAGUGGGAGAAUAGAUGGAAGUCUGAGUGAACCAGCAAUGUAUUGUGUGUUACACAGAACAUUUUGCAGUUUUACCUAGGGUUGAUUUUUCAUUGUAACAUGUCUAUUGUUGAUUCAGGAGUUGGUGUUAAUAACCAGAAUUGAGUGUUAUUAAUUUAUUUUGUGUACAGCAGGGAUUGGCAACUUUGUGAGGGAGGGGGUAGGGCUGUGGCAGUCGACAUUUUGUCACCUGGUUAUUGUCAAGUAAAAACAGACGUCCGGUCUCACGGUAAUUGACCGUUAAUUAACAUAAACACGUUUAGCAUCUCCAGGCCUCCACACAUACAAGCCACUGAUUUGCUCCUUUGGAACAUCUACAUAAAAAAAGUUAUAAUAAAGUAAUACAUCAAUUUAAUAUACAUCACAAAUCCAUUAUUUAUUUUAGUCAGGUCUAAAGAAACAUUAUGAUAUGAAGAAACUGUAUUUCAGAAGAUCAGAAUAUGAGUUGGCCUACUGUAUGUUAUCUGGCUAUGCUCCGUGCCAUUUAGCUGACAAGAUAAACUUAUAAGUCCCGUUCCAUUAUUUUAUUUUAUAUGAUUUUAUAUUAUGAAGAACAUAAUUGAUCUUAACUGAAAAAAAUGGAAAGGACGUUUUUCUUGAAACAGGUCCUAUAUGCUAGAUUUAGAGUUUAGUUGUGAAUGAUACCAACCUCAGAAUGUCUUAGAAAUCAAAACAUAUAUGGGCUGCAUGGUGCGACAUUAGGCUAUUGCAGCACUGCUGUUCUCUCAUCAAGUGAUUUUCCCUCAUCAGACUAUUCUCAAUUUAAUCUUGUUUUUACUAAUAUGUAACAUUUGUUUCGAUUUAGAAUGGCCCAUUAUCAAAUGGGCAGCAACAGGGGCAGGGUAAAAAAAAUACAUGUAAUUUGUAUGCACUCGAAUAGGGAAUGGAAGCGCCAAGCUUUCCAGAUUACUGGAUAGGGCUGCACUCAGAGUAUCCUGCCUUGGAAAAUCUUACUGUUAAGACACUGAUGCCCUUUGCAACCACGUACAGUACCUAUGUGAGAGUAGAUUCUCGGCCCUCGCUAGCAUGAAAACUAAAUACAGGCACAGACUGUGUGGAAAAUGAUUUAAGACUCUCUCCAAUACAACCCUACAUUACAGAGUUAUGUGCAUCCUUUCAAACACACCCUUCUCAUGAACCUGUUGUGAGUUAUUCACCAUUUUUGAUGAACAAAUAAGGAUUUAUUUGUAAGAUGGCUAAGUAAAGAGCAAAAGUAUUGUUAUUAUAUGUGUCCUGGUACUAUAAGAGCUCUUUGUCACCUCCCACGAGCCAGGUUGUGACAAAAACACACUCAUUCUUACGUUUAAGAAAUGUAUCGUAUAGUGUGUGUGUGACAGGCUUACAAUGGUGGCAAAAAACAACAUUUGAGAGUGCGCUGACCCUGGUGCUAGAGGGGGAACACAGCUGGAGGAGUGUUUGAAAGUUUACAGGACUAUAACAAGUUUGGGAACCACUGCUCUAGAGAAAGCAUUUUCACUGAGCUUGACACCACUCCAGUCGACACAUGGCAUUGCGUAAGGUGAUUUUAGGCUCGUGUCCUGCUGCUUGGCCAUGGAAAGCCAUUUCAUGAAGCUCCCAACGAAUAGUUCUUGUGCUGACGUUGCUUCAGUUUGGAACUCGAUUGUGAGUGUUGCAACUAGGACAGACCAUUUUUAAGAGUUACCCGCUUCAGCACUCAGCGGUCCCGUUCUGUGAGCUUGAGUCGCCUACCACUUCGCAGCUGAGCCGUUGUUUCACCUAUAUGUUUCCACUUCACAAAAACAGCACGUACAGUUGACUGGUACAGCUGUAGCAGGGCAGAAAUUUUACAGACUGACUUGUUAGAAAAGUGGCAUUGUACGACGGGGCCACAUUGAAAGUCACUAAGCUCUUCAGUAAGGCCAUUCUACUGCCAAUGUUUGGCGGUGUGCUUAAUUUUAUACACAUGUCACCAAUGGGUGUGGCCGAAAUAACUGAAUCCACUAAUUUGAAUCGGUGUCCACAUACUUUUUUAUAUAAAGUGUAUCAUCAGAGAGAGGGGUCCCAAGUCAUACAGAUGAUGGCCUGUUUUUCUAAAAUAAAAUAAAUAAUUUUGUCUGUUUGUUUGUAAUGAGGCCAAUGUGUAUGUUUCAUAACCAGUAUAAGGUUAUAAGGCUUUCAAGUAUGUAGCACACAGUCUAUGAAAAGCCAGUAGUCUGCGAGUGGGGUGGAGACUAAACUGUGUCAACCAAUGUCCACCGUUUGUGCUAUAGCUGCUGUGGCUUACUGAGGACAUUUUUCUGUUAGCACAAACCUCGAAAAAAACACGUCUCGGCUAUUCCAGCAGAGGAACUUCCCCUUCAAAGCAAUGAGAAGAGCAUGUUACUGAAGCUGAGCUGUGUGAUUCUGCUCAUCAUCCAGAGGGACACAGAAAGUAUUCGGGUCAUUGGUGAAUGCAGGACUGUGGUACUGGGGGAGGAUGUGGACUUAUCCUGCAGACUGAUAGAGACAACCGAGGACCUCGAACAGAUAACAUGGCAGAAAAGUACUGCGGAAGAAACACAGAACCAUAAUUUUAUGCUGAUUUAUCCCAAUGGGGUUACUAAUUUUAUUGCACCGAAUGGAUUGGCACAUAGAGUCCAGUUUAUUGGGAACACAUCAGAAAACCUUGGAUCUAUUCGAAUAACAGCUGUCAGACUGUUUGAUGAAGGCACCUUCACAUGUAUCUUCAGUGUUUUCCCCAGUGGAACAUACACUACAGAGAUACCUCUGACUGUGCUAGUUCCUCCAGUAGUGAGUGUGACAGUUGAUGUUCCUACUGUCAUUGGGAAGAAUGAGGUUGUCUUGGCAACCUGUGUGGCUGCUGGUGCUAAGCCACAGGCAGAUGUAAAGUGGCAGACAGGUACAAUUGGCAGUUUGUUGAAGAUAGUGACUAACUCCACCCAGCACGCCAACGGCACCACCACAGUCCUCAGCCACCUGCUCGGGGUGCCAACCAGAGCAGCCAAUCAGCAGCAGAUCCAGUGUGUGGUCAACCAGUCUGCCCUGGCAACAGAAAGGAGCUACAACUACACCAUAGACAUCCACUAUCCACCUCAGACAGUGAACGUUACCUUUAGUGAGGCCUCUAAAGCCACAGUCUUCCUAUGUGUAGCAGAUGGCAACCCACACCCCAGCUACACCUGGAGCAGAGUGGUCCAGCCAUGGCCUGGGUCUUCAGUGAGAGCAGAGGGAGACAUACUGCACUUCCUCAGUCUCAGCUCUGAGCUGAAUGGUCUCUAUGUCUGUGAGGCCUCCAACCCCUACGGACGAGCAACUGGUUCCCUCAAUGUACACAUAUCCUCUGAGACCUCUGCUGCCUGUUGGGUUCUACUCGUUGUCAUUCUCUGUCUGAUUGUUGCUGCGGCUGCACUCAUAUGGUACCGGUGCAAAUACGGAAAGUUUCCUUGGAGUCCAAUCAUAGCCAAUCAACAGGUCCAGGCACCACCACAGGUUGAGGAAGAUGAACCUGGGACGUCUGGGUUCUGACACUCCAAACCAGGAAGGGAGAAGUAACGUGAUAAAUCACUGGACAGCCUGAGAACAGAUGCCAGAAGAAGCACAGACAUGCACUAUGUGGGGGAAGAAUUCCAGUCUGCACAUUCUCCAACGCCACAGCCAUUUGCAAGAACAGGCACAUUCUCCAACCCCACAGCCAUUUGCAAGAACAGGCACAUUCUCCAACGCCACAGCCAUUUGCAAGAACAGGCACAUUCUCCAACCCCACAGCCAUUUGCAAGAACAGGCACAUUCUCCAACGCCACAGCCAUUUGCAAGAACAGGCACAUUCUCCAACUUAAAAAAAAUAUGUAUUUAACUAGGCAAGUGACUUAAGAACAAAUUCUUAUUUACAAUGACUGCCUACACCGGCCAAACUCGGACAACGCUGGGACAAUUGUGCGACGCCUUAUGGGACUCCCAAUCACAGCCAGUUGUGAUACAGUCUGGAUUUAAAACAGGUUGUCUGUAGUGACCUCUCUAGCACUGAGAUGCAGUGUCUUAGACCACUGUGCCACUUGGGAGCCUAAUGAACAGGGACCCUAUGCAGUAUUAUCUGUGACAUUAGAAACCUCAGCUAGGCCCCUCCUCCACCACAGCUUUAAAUAGUGCUGGUCCUCGUUUCUGUUUUUUGUUCCCUUCUCGUGGACUCCGCCUUGCCGUGGUGGAGGGGCUUUGCUGCUUCAGCGGGAACAACAACUCUCCUUUAUGUAUAUGCACUGCUCAAAAAAUAAAGGAACACUAAAACAACACAUCCUAGAUCUGAAUGAAUGAAAUAUUCUUAUUAAAUACUUUUUUCUUCACAUAGUUGAAUGUGCUGACAACAAAAUCACACAAAAAUGAUCAAAGGAAAUCAAAUUUAUCAACCCAUGGAGGUCUGGAUUUGGCGAGCACAUGGAGCACAUGGAGGAUCUGGCGAGCACAUGGAGCACAUGGAGGAUCUGGCGAGCACAUGGAGCACAUGGAGGAUCUGGCGAGCACAUGGAGCACAUGGAGGAUCUGGCGAGCACAUGGAGCACAUGGAGGAUCUGGCGAGCACAUGGAGGAUCUGGCAAGCACAUGGAGCACAUGGAGGAUCUGGCGAGCACAUGGAGCACAUGGAGGAUCUGGCAAGCACAUGGAGCACAUGGAGGAUCUGGCGAGCACAUGGAGGACUGUGUGGUCCCCCAAAGAAAUGCCACCCCACACCAUGACUGACCCACCACCAAACCGGUCAUGCUGGAGGAUGUUGCAGGCAGCAGAACGUUCUCCACGACAUCUCCAGACUCUGUCACGUCUGUCACAUGUGCUUAGUGUGAACCUGCUUUCAUCUUUGAAGAGCACAGGGUGCCAAUGGCGAAUUUGACAAUCUUGGUAUUCUCUGGCAAAUGCAAAACGUCCUGCACGGUGUUGGUCUGUAAGCACAACCCCCACCUGUGGACGUCGGGCCCUCAUACCACCCUCAUGGAGUCUGUUUCUGACCGUUUGAGCAGACCAAUACACAUUUGUGGCCUGCUGGAGGUCAUUUUGCAGGGCAUGUGAAAUGUAUUGUCAAUCAGUGUUGCUUCCUAAGUGGACAGUUUGAUUUCACAGAAGUGUGAUUGACUUGGAGUUACAUUGUGUUGUUUAAGUGAUCCCUUUAUUUUUUUGAGCAGUGUAUAUGGUGCAUGUUGAAUCCAACUAAAGGGAGGUCAGGUAUAAUCUAAAUAACAUGUGCAAAUGGAGAAUAUUGUCAGUAAUGACUAGACAAACACUGGCUGGUGGUGGUACUUGCAGCUGCUCUAAAAUGAAUUCCUUCAUAUUAUGCAGCCUUAUGGGGUCUUGCUAUUUUUUUAAUAUUUUUACCUAAUUAGGCAUGUCAGUUAAGAACACAUUCUUAUUUUCAAUGACAGAACAGUGGGUUAACUGCCUUGUUCAGGUGCAAGAACAACAUAUUUUUUAUCUUGUCAGCUCUGGGAUUUGAUCUUGCAACCUUUCAGUUACUAGUCCAACGCUCUAACCACUAGGCUAACUGCCACCCAUGGCUACUGAUCCACAGGGGACAGAAGCUCCACUAACAGCUGCCUUAUGAUUCAUGCAUUAACCCUAUCCCUGAUAAACCCUAUGUUAUUUGUUUUUUUAGCCUAGUAUUAGUGUAGCAUGGCAUUUUUCGGUCACCAGUAGUUACUGUAGGUAGUUAGUAGUUAUAAUGCAGUUAUUUUCCCUAUAUUAUUAGCUAGAAUGCAGGUCUAGUUACAAUGCAGAUCUUUUCACUAAGUUAAUUGUUAGAAUGCAGGUUAGAAAGAGACUGUUAUGUCAUGUCUUGUUCAAAAUGUACACACAAUUUUCACAAGGCCUUGCUUUGCUUCGUGCACUGUAAAGUCCUUGUAUUUCAGCCUUGGAACUAGGAACACACAGGGACAAGCUGUUUCCUGGUCGUUGUGGCUCUGUUCUGUCUGCUUGAUUGAUGAUAUGGGAGUGGCUAUUAUAGACCACAUGGGGGUUCCGGGCAGAUUAAUUCCCUCCUGAUCUAUGAACUGUUUUAGCCUCAACUUCCUCCCAACCCAAUCUUCCAAAAUACGUUAAUUCUUAUCAAGUUAAAGCAUUCCUAAAGGUUAACCUAGUGUGCACUUCUGCCUUUUAAUCAACAAGAAGAGACAUGUCUGUUGGUUUAUGGGUGGUAGUGGCAGUGGUUGGUGUGUGUGUACAUUACUAGUGUACAUUUUUUUGUGUUGGUUUAUUCACACAUACUGAUUGGUUGGAUGCUAAUUAAUCCUAUACUAUUCUGAGUGGGACAUGCAUUUUGUUCAGUGAAAUUUAAAAUAAUCCAAUAUCUCUAGUGAUCAGGCACUGCAGUGAACAGUAGCUGUAUGACCACUCAGAAAAGGAGAAGAUGAAAGAAGGAAGUCAGUGAAAACGACAGUUUGGUUGCAACCACCAAACUUGCAUCAGAGAUAAAUAAUUAUAUUUUUGAACAUCUGUUAGACGGUUAGCAGUUGUUUCCUUCCUGAGAAUAUAUUUUUAACUACUCGUUAGUUUCAGUGCUUUUGAACAUAUUGUAAACUGUUAAAAAUCAUUCAGAAGUU